GUCCUGCGCGCAAUUGGCACAAAUAAUAUUUUCGGUUUUAUUUUUUUUGCAAUUUAACUUUUGGAAAAAUUGAACGGAGAUGUAAACUAUUCGCCCCCGCCAACCGAGCAGCGCUUCCUAUAAAUUAAGAACAAUUUUCUCCGUUUCGUACGCCGCAAAAUAAAAUCAAAUCAAAAUCGAAGAGCAGCAAAGAUUGCGUAACACUUUGGCUGCAAGUACCAUAAUUAACUCUUAUACAAAGGCAAAACGAUCCACUAAAACAAAAAAAAAACACCAUAAAUAUCCCAAAAACAAAUUCGAGACGGAAGUGUAGCUGUUUUUUUUUUUUCUGCGCACAGCGGCGCAUCCUGUUUGAGCUUUUCGCGCACUUACACACACACACACACUCGCACACAGAGACAGCGGAGACACUGGCUGGCGCUCUCGCAUACGUAUAAGAGCUGUGCAAACGAAAGCAUUAAAGCCGCCUAAUUGAUUAGCCACAUCCCCACCACGGUCCAUCUCUCUAUCUCUAUCUCUAUCCGUAUCUCUCGCACACCGACAACUCAACCAAAUCGGAGUACUCAGAGAACACACAAAGCCAGCCAAGAUGACUGGUUUCACAAACGCCGGCUUCGAGAACGAUGAGCCCGUCAAGCCAAAAGCUGGUUUCGAGCCAGACACCGCCUCGCUGCGAGAGAAAGUUGUGCUGAAUCCGGGCGAGAAAUGGCGCAUUUUAAAGAAUAUCUCAAUCAUCUCGAUCGCCUUCAUGGUGCAGUUCACUGCGUUCCAGGGCACGGCCAAUCUGCAAUCCUCGAUCAACUCGAAGGAUGGUCUUGGCACAGUGUCGCUCAGUGCCAUUUAUGCGGCGCUGGUUGUCUCUUGCAUCUUCCUGCCCACGCUGAUCAUUCGGAAGCUGACGGUUAAAUGGACGCUCGUUUGCAGCAUGCUCUGCUAUGCGCCGUACAUUGCCUUCCAGCUGUUCCCGCGCUUCUACACCCUCGUGCCGGCUGGCAUUCUGGUGGGUAUGGGGGCGGCGCCGAUGUGGGCGUCCAAGGCCACAUAUCUGACACAGGUGGGGCAGGUGUAUGCGAAGAUAACUGAACAAGCUGUCGAUGCCAUUAUUGUGCGCUUCUUUGGCUUCUUCUUCCUGGCCUGGCAAUCCGCCGAGCUCUGGGGCAAUCUCAUCUCCAGCUUGGUCCUGUCGAGCGGCGCACAUGGUGGCAGCAGCAGUGCCAAUUCCACAAUCAGUGAGGAGGAUUUGCAGUUUUGUGGUGCCAACUUCUGCACCACCGGCACCGGCGGCCACGGCAACCUGGAGCGUCCGCCAGAGAACGAGAUCUUCGAGAUCUCCAUGAUCUAUCUGUCGUGCAUUGUGGCCGCCGUGUGCAUCAUUGCCUUCUUCCUGGAUCCGCUCAAGCGCUACGGUGAGAAGCGCAAGGGCUCCAAUUCGGCGGCGGAGCUUUCGGGCCUUCAGCUACUCUCGGCCACGUUCCGUCAGAUGAAGAAACCCAAUCUGCAGCUGCUCAUACCGAUCACCGUCUUCAUUGGCAUGGAGCAGGCGUUCAUUGGCGCCGACUUCACCCAGGCCUAUGUGGCGUGCGCCCUGGGCGUGCACCAGAUUGGCUUCGUCAUGAUCUGCUUUGGCGUUGUCAACGCCCUCUGUUCCAUACUCUUUGGCUCUGUGAUGAAGUACAUUGGCCGCACGCCCAUCAUUGUGCUGGGCGCCGUCGUCCACUUCACGCUCAUCUCCGUCGAGCUCUUCUGGCGGCCCAAUCCCGACAACCCGCUCAUCUUCUACGCCAUGUCCGGCCUGUGGGGUGUCGGCGACGCCGUCUGGCAGACGCAGAUCAACGGUCUCUAUGGCCUGCUCUUCAGGCGAAACAAGGAGGCCGCCUUCUCGAACUAUCGCCUCUGGGAGUCGGCUGGCUUCGUCAUCGCCUAUGCCUAUGCCACAACGCUCUGCACCCGCAUGAAGCUCUACAUUCUGUUGGCUGUCCUCACGCUCGGCUGCAUUGGCUACGUCAUUGUGGAGAUUCUGUACAGAAAGAAGCAACGCAAGAUCAAGAAGCAGGAGAAGCUCGAGGCUGCCGAGAAGGAGAAGGAGGCUGCGGCUGCUGCAGCAGCCGCUGCCGCUGCCGCCGAGGCCAACAAUGGCUUCGGCGACGGCGUCGAGGAGACCGAUGAUGAGCUGGACGAUCUCGAGGAAGAUAUUGUAGUCACGCGCCUGUAAUAAUCGUCAUUUGUUAAUUGUUGUACGUUCUUUUUGUUUAUUUUCGCUGACGGCGACGACGUCGUUGCGGCCGCAACAACUUCAACUGUUAAGGCUUAACAGUGCGCAAUUCUGUUAAUCAAACACGAGUGCAAAAAAUGUUAAACAUAGAUUCAAAUACACACAAACACACAUACACACAAACACACGCACACUGUUGCAUAACUGGAGGCGCACACACACAUUUCGUCGGCCCAUCGGCGACGCGUCCGAGCACUUUGUCGUUGUAGUUGUCGUAGUACUUAGUACAUUCCCCCUUCCCAAAACCAUUCAAUACAAAAGGCCACAAGCUAGCAGAAGCGCACACACACACCAGUGCCUCUAUACAUAGCUAUAAAUUUUAAUAUAAAUUUGUCUGUGUGCGUGCGUGUGUGUGUGUCCUGCACCAGUUUCGUUUGUACAUAUGCAAAAAAUGUUAGCAGCCAAUCGACGACUGCAUCCGAGAGUUUAUAGCAAUUGACGACAGAGGGCGUCUUCAACUUUACAGAGUGUGCGAAAAAGAAGCAAGCAAGGGUGUGUUAGUUAACUGUAAGAGAGCCGCACACAUACACACAUGCACAAGCAACACGCACACUGGCAACACAUGCUGCAACAGUAUGUGUGUCAAUAUGCCUAUUAAUUUGUUAUUUUAUUUUAAAUACUAGCAUUAAAUCAAUAUACAUAUAUACAAAUUUUUUUUAAUAAUUUUUUUUUUGCUUAUAUAAAAAAACCACAAGAAAACAAUCAAACAACAAAACGUGAUAAUCAGCCACACUCACAAUGCACACACGCAACACACACACACACACCGACACGAGUGCACACAGUCACAAAAUAGUCAAAUUUCUAAACUAAACUAAAAACUGGCCGCGAAAACUAAUGUUAAACUUAAUUGUUAAUUAUAAGCAGUCGAAAAA